GUAUUCACAUUGCUGAGUUGUCCUUUGUCUAGAGUAUAAACAUGGCUCUGCCAACAUCAACAUCGUGUGUAUUCUCUGCAACAUUAGCUACUCUAACUUUUGCUGCAAUGAUGGCCUUCAAAACACAGCUUGCCUCAAAAGAAUGGAUGACCAUUCUUGGUGGUUUUCUGGGGUCACAAUUCUUUAUAUUUCUUUUGACAACUGUUGGGAAUUUUGAACACAUGACAUUUGGAAAGAACUUCCAGACUAAAUUGGUGCCUGAAAUUGCGUUUUGUUUGAUGGCAUCAGUAAUGGUAUCUGGUUUAGUGCACAGAGUGUGUGUGACAACAUGCUUUAUUUUCUCAAGUAUUGCUUUGUAUUACAUGUCAAGACUUUCAAAUGUGAAAUAUGGUCCAGACAUAAAGCCUAUUCAAACACCUGCAAAAGGAAAAAGCGUCAGUAACUUAUUGUCGUUAAAAUAAACAAUGAAACUUUGUGGUUUUUAUAAACAUGCAGCAGGAAUUAAAGUUCUCUCUUUAACUUGAUGAGAAAACAAUGUUUUUGAAUUAUAAAUGGAGAUAUUAAAUAAAACUGACACCCAUCGAGCAAGGAUGAUAUUAA